AUGAUAUCAGCAAUUAAAACAAAACAAGUUAAUUUUAAUGAAUUAUGGCCAAUAGUACUAAGUACUGUUCGUUCUGUUAUCAAUAUGAGUCAAUAUGGUCAUACGGAUAAAUCAACAUGGCAUACAAGAUUUUUUGAUAUCUAUGAUCUAUGUGCAGCUACUCCGGAUUCAUAUGCUGAACGAUUAUAUGAGGAAACAAAAAAAUUUCUUGAAGAUCAUUGUAGAUCUAUGGAAAAAGACAUAGCUGAAUCUGAACAAAAUACACUUAGCAUCUAUGUGAAAAAUUGGACUGAAUAUAAAAUGGGUGCUGAACAUUUAAAUAGCCUCUAUGCGUAUUUAAAUAAUACGCUUGUUAAGAAACAUCAAGUAAUUGAUCCUGGAAAUAAUAUGAUGCUUGAAUAUAAUAUAGAGUUAGAUGAUCAAUCACCAGUCGAAAUCGGAGAGAUGGCGCUUGAUUGCUGGGCAAAAAUUAUCAUAAAACCACUAGAAGAACGACUUGUUACAUUACUUCUCGAACAAAUAUAUCUUGAUCGUAUAGGAGAAUGUAUAAAUCAAACAACAAUAAAAUGUGUAAUUAUGUCAUUUGUUGAUGUUUGUCAAUAUCGAAAGAUUAAUAUAUUAGAACUCUAUGAAAAAUCUUUUGAAUCUCGUUUUCUUCAAGCAACAGGAGAAUAUUAUCGAGAAGAAGGAAAUAGUUAUUUAGCUAAACUUGAUUGUAUUCACUAUAUGAAAAAAAUUUUAUUAUUAAUCGAUGAUGAAGAAUUUCGUAGUCGUAAAUUUCUAAAUUCAACAUCAUAUAUCAAAGUAAAUAGUGAAUGUCUUCAACGUCUUGUUUGUGAUCAUUAUGAUACAUUAAAAAAUAAAUGCAAUGAUCUUAUUCUUAAAGAAGAUUUUGAUGCUCUUCAAAACAUGUAUAAAUUACUAAAACCAACACAUAUUGGUACAAAUUAUAUGGUUGAACAACUACAACAUAAUAUAUCACGUAUUGGUCAUGAAAAAGUUCAAUCACUUAAAGGAGAAAAUUUACCAACAUUAUUUGUUGAAACACUACUUGAGUUACAUACAAAAUAUAUAAAUAUAAUACGAAAAACAUUUGCUAGUGAUCCAGAUUUUAUUUCAUCACUUGAUAAAGCUUGUGCAAUAAUUGUUAAUAUGAAAAAUGGAAAUCGUUUAUCAGCUAAAGCACCAGAAUUACUUGCUCAUUAUUGUGAUAAUUUAUUACGUAAAUCAUCAAAAACAUCAACUGAAACUGAAAUAGAAGAAAAAUUACUUCAUGGAGUUACUAUAUUUAAUUAUUUAGAAGAUAAAGAUUAUUUUCAACGUAUGCUAGCACGUCGACUGAUUAAUCAACAAUCAACAUCUAUUGAUGCUGAAGAAUUUAUGGUCACAAAACUUAAGGAAAUAUGUGGUUAUGAAUUUACUGCAAAAUUAGCUCGUAUGUUUCAAGAUGUAAAAAUUAGUGACGAUCUCUAUACGAAAUUUUUGAAUUAUCUCAAAUCUGAAUCAUCAUUAAACGUACAAAAUCAAGCAAUGACUAAUUUAAUUGGACUAGAUUUUAAUAUAUAUGUCUUACAAGCUAAUUCAUGGCCUAUUGCUCCAAUGACUACUGCUACAUUUUCAAUUCCUCAACCACUUGAAAAACCUGUUCGUUUGUUUGAAGCAUUUUAUAAUAAACAAUAUAAUGGUCGAAAAUUAUGUUGGAUGUAUAAUUUAUCAAAUGGUGAAAUACGUAUGUCUCAUUUGGAUCGUCCGUAUAUUGUUACCAUGGGUACAUAUCAAAUCGCUAUAUUAUUAACAUUUAAUGAACAGAAAAAAUUAACAUUAAAUGAAAUUCAAGAAGCAACAAAACUCAAUAUGAAAGAACUUGAAAAACAAAUAUUACCUUUCAUGGAAAACAAAUUUUUAUUGAAUGAUACUAAUAAUUUGACACCAAUGUCGGUUAUUUCAAUUAAUUUUGAAUAUAAAAGUAAACGAACAAAAUUUAAAAUUCUUACAACUGCUCAAAAAGAAACCAAUCAAGAUUCUCAAGUAUCUCAUAAAAUUGUUGAUGAUGAUCGAAAAUUUUAUCUUCAAGCUGUUAUUGUACGAAUAAUGAAAUCAAGAAAAACAUUAAAACAUAAUCUAUUAAUAGAAGAAAUUAUAACACAAUCAAAACAACGUUUUAUACCAUCGAUUCAUGUGAUUAAAAAAUGUAUUGAAAUUCUUAUUGAUAAACAAUAUCUUGAACGAAAUUCAACCGAUGAAUAUACUUACAUUGCAUAA